AUGCUCUCUCCCCGGAGACAUCGGAGCGCUCAGCGGGCCUUGGAGCUGUGGGUGUGGAUGGUGCUCUGCUGGGAGUUCUCUGCCUACCAUGGGGCCGACGGCUGGACGUACCAUUAUUCCGAAAGACCCAUGAACUGGGCGAGCGCCAGGAGGUUCUGCCGACAGAACUACACCGACCUGGUGGCCAUCCAGAACAAGGGGGAGAUCGAGUACCUGAACCGGACGCUGCCCUUCAGCCGCACCUACUACUGGAUCGGCAUCCGCAAGGUGGCCGGCGUGUGGACCUGGGUGGGCACCAACAAGUCCCUCACGGCCGAGGCCGAGAACUGGGGCGCCGGGGAGCCCAACAACAAGAAGUCCAAGGAGGACUGCGUGGAGAUGUACAUCAAGAGGAGCCAGGACGCGGGCAAGUGGAAUGACGAUGCCUGCCACAAGCCCAAGGCCGCGCUCUGCUACACAGCUUCGUGCCAGCCCUGGUCAUGCAGCGGCCACGGCGAAUGCAUGGAAACCAUCAACAACAACACCUGCCGCUGUGACGCGGGCUACUAUGGGCCCCAGUGCCAGUUCGUGACACGAUGUGCACCUCUGGAGGGCCCCGUGCUGGGCGCCAUGGCCUGCAGCCACCCGCUGGGAGACUUCAGCUACAGCUCGCGGUGUGCCUUCAACUGCUCCGAGGGAACAGAGCUCACCGGGAUGGAGGAAGCCACCUGUGGGCCCUUUGGAAACUGGUCAUCUCCGGUGCCCACCUGCCAAGUGAUUCGGUGUGAUGCUCUAGCAGCACCUGAUUUGGGGACCAUGGACUGCCGUCACCCCCUGGGCAACUUCAGCUUUAACUCCACGUGCACCUUCAACUGCUCAGAAGGAACUGAGCUCAUCGGAAAGACGAGAACUGUCUGUGAAUCAUCUGGAAUGUGGUCCAGCCCUCCUACAGUCUGCCAGAAAUUGGACAGGAGCUUCUCCAUGAUCAAGGAAGGCAACUACAACCCCCUGUUCAUCCCCCUGGCGGUCAUGGUCACUGCCUUCCUGGGGCUGGCCUUUAUCAUCUGGCUGGCGAGGCGAUUAAAAAAAGGCAAAAAGUCUCAGAGAAGCAUGGAUGACCCGUACUGA